AUGGCCAAUAGUGUUGUGAAAGUUACAGAUAUCAGAGAUGAUGAACUUGACAAUGUUAAUAACAGUUUACUCUUGUUGGUUGGUGAAGAUGGUACUGUGACACCUGACCAAGAGACAGUUGAAACAUUUCUGAAACACAGAAGUGGCCCCACCAAUAUACAGGUCAUGAAGUUUCUCAAAACUGAUAAGCAGGGUAUUGAUAUCACUGUUGAUAAUUUGACAUAUGUUCCUGAUGUAGCUAAUGAAGAAGUGGUAGGGGAUGAAAGUGCAGAUAUGGAUGAGGUGGCUAGAAAUUUAUACAAUUUUCGGCUGGACCAUGACUACACACCCUUCACAUCACCAGAUAGCCAGAGCUUGUCCCAAGAAGAGGAUGAAUUGGCUAAGACAUUGAGUAUGCUUGAUGGGCCAGAGGAAAUCAUCAUACCCCCUGAGCCUAUCACAUUGAGUCCACUAAUUGGGGCCAAAGUACCUCCUAGAAUCAAACUUAUUCAAUCAAUCACCUUAACUCCUCCAAACAGAAAUAGCAAAGGGGGUAUUGGUACAGUUUCUGCAAAUGCACAAGAAUCAAGCAAAAAUCUCAUUGAAGAUGAAUUAAAAUCUGAACAAGAUCAAUCCAUCAAUGAUGAUAUUGAAACUGCCAGUCUGAGGAAUGAGUCUACUCCAGCGACCAGUGAGACUAUUCCAACAGAAUUGUCCAGUAAAUCAAUAGAAACAAUUCCUGAUGAGACUAAGUUGGUACUUACUAAGUCAAAAGCCAAAAUAAUCAGAACUGCACCUAAAUCAAAAUCUCAAAAGGAAAGAGCAAAAAUCAAGACAAAGCCCAAAGUGAAGGGGAUUGUUGGGGAAGAAAGUGAUGAGGAAGACUAUUCAGAUGGGGAUGACUUGGAUUUUGAGUUGGAGGAUGAUGAAAAUGACUUGGAUUUCAGUUUGGAGGAGGAACUCAAAGGAAAGCAGCACUUGAAACGUCAAAGGUUGAAAUCAGAAUCAAGACCACCUUUCAGAGGUUCCAUUAAAAGGAAUAAGAGCAAAGAGAAAAAGGGUGAAAAUAAGGAGGAACCCAAAAAAGAGGACAGUGUGAAAGUGGAGGCCAAACAGGAGCCUACUGAAGUUGAUCUGAAGGAAGAUAAGGUUGUUGAGAAAACAGAUGAAAAACAGGAAAGGCAGCCUGAGACUUUGGAGGCAAAACAACAGGAGAAAAAGCCACUGCCAAAAAAAGAUAAGAAAGUUCCAAAGCCUAUCCCAGAUGAUUUUCUUCUUUUUUCCACUCCAGACAUCAUAAGACGUGUUGGGGGAAAAGAGCAGUCCACCCCAGAGUCUGUCACUCCCACUAAACCUGCCAAAAUACUUUCACAAGGUUCAUCUCAGAGGAAGUCCUUGGACCAGUCUCCUACAAAAUCACAUGGUAAAACUGACAAAGAGAGAUUUAUAGAAGAGAAAAUGGAUAGCAAAAGUAGGAGAAGUAGCUUGGGAGAGGACACGAAAAGCAAAGAGAGAAGGGCGAGCAUGACGAAUGAGAGUAAGUUGAAGAGAACUAGUGUGGAUGAAAGAACGGCGAAAAGUAGAGAGACGAAAGCCGAGCGGCGUUCAUCUGACGCCAAAAAAGUCGAAAAGACCCCUCGAAAGUCGUCGGCAGAAGUCGGGGAGAACCUGGACAUGCCCAGCGCCGAAUACAUUCGCUCCAUCAUCAUGAACGAAGACACUAAAACUUAUUCCAUGGACACGAAUAUGGAACAGCCCUCGAAUUUGGAGAAUUUGGACGCCACCGGCUUGGAUCUGGAUCCCACUCUCUUGGACAAUCUCAACAACGAUGAGAUUUCCGAAGACAUUCUCUACCAAGUAGCCAAGUCGUUAGUUUCCAAUCCAGAGUUGCAGAAUGCCAUCGACAAGGGAAUAAAUGAUGGAGUCCUGGAUCCGACUGUGGCCGCCCCUCAUAAUGCCCUUCCCAAUCAAAGUGUUUCAGGAAAUCCUCCACAGGAAAAAUUAGUCCAGGGUGGGACACAAAUUGUCAGGCCUGAUGGUAGAAUUGUUGUGAUACCUCCGAUUGAGAGACCUACCACCCGAAGCCGAAAUAAAAGGAAGGAGGAAACCAAACCGACAAUAAUAGCCGUCCACAAACCAUUGGACGAAGAGCACGUGUCCGGCAACGAAUUGGACAGCUCGGCGGACGAGGGAGCAGCAGAAGAGGAGGAGGAGGAAUCCGAAGACGAUCCGAACAAGUUGUGGUGCAUCUGCAACCAGCCGCACAACAACCGCUUCAUGAUAUGCUGCGACACCUGCGAGGAAUGGUAUCACGGCAAGUGCGUCAACAUCACCAAAUCCAUGGGUCAGCAGAUGGAGGCCGAAGGCAAGGAGUGGAUUUGCCUCUUUUGCAAGGAUCCGUUGCUUGAGAGGCCACAAGCGGCUGCACGUAGGAUUCGAAAAGCCUCGAGAAAUUCGAGGGCCUCUUCCGAUAGUGCCGGCAGCAAUUCCAAGAGGGCAGAAUCCACAACGACUUCGGUACCAUGCGUGGUGUGCCAAAAAUUGUCGAGAAAAAACUCCAUCUACUGCAGCGAAUCUUGUAUUCUGGCCCACGCCCAAGGUAUCGAACGGGUGAUUGUGUUCGAGAGAUCGACAGGCAAAAUGCUGACGGGCAACAAAGCUCCGAGCGCCGCCAAUCUGGACCAAUGGCUGAAGGAGCACCCCGGCUACGAAGUGGUUAGAUCCGGCGGCAAGAUCGUGACAGCCAAGGCGGGCAAUCUGACGCAAUCGAAGCUGAAGCUGGUGAAAAACGUUCACGACGAAGGCGUCUCGCUGGCCGUCCACAAGAAGGGCGGCGUCAAUGUGGGCGUGCUCAAACACGCCCCACUAAAACACGCCCCUAAGAGUGGAGGAGGGGCUGAGGCGACGCCCCCCAAGCAGCAAGGCACGCCUCUCAAACAACAUGCCACGCCCCUAAAGGGUGUCGUAACGGCCAUCAGGAAGGCGGGACAGCAGCAGCAGCCUGACACCGCCAAAAUGAAAGUGAUUCCGCCCGAGCCGAUGAAAUUACUGGCCACGCCCCCCACCCCCAAGCAGCCCAAGCUGCUGCAGACGACGCUGACGAAAACGCCGCCGGUGAGCGCCGAGAAGAAGAAGACGCCCAAAAAGAGGGAGGAGCAGGCCAAGAAGAAGGAGGAGCAAGCCAAGAAGAAGGAGGAGCCGCCGUCGCCCAAGCCGCAAGAGAACAUUCGCGAGAACGUGAAAAAGACCGUGUUCGAACAGCUGACCAAUCGACUGAAGGGAUGCGCCGACUUGAAGUUGACCGAGGAGGAGGUGAAGGUCAUCUCCGGUGAGAUCGAGUCGCAGUUGCACAAGUGCUUCGGCGAUACCGGCCAAAAGUACAGGAACAAGUAUAGGAGUCUCAUUUUCAACAUCAAGGACUCCAAGAAUCAGACGCUGUGGCGGAGGAUAUGCGAAAAGUCCGUCAACCCUUAUGAGCUGGUUAGGUUGUCUCCGGACGACUUGGCGAGCCAAGAGUUGGCAAGUUGGAGAGAAAAGGAGGCCAAGCAUACUCUGGAUAUGAUCAAGAAAUCCGAAUUGGAAUUGCUCAAUUGCAACAGGCAGUAUGUUCUCAAAACACACAAGGGCGAGCAAGUGGUGGAGGACGAUCGCGUGGACAAAAUCGAUAACGCGGAGAUGAUAAAAAGUCUGACCGAGGGAUCCGCUUUGGACAGCGGAGAGAGCAAAAGUGACGGCACCAAGGACAAAAAGGGCUCGUCGAAACACGGAGGUCACAAGGACAGGGACAAAAAGAACAAGGACAAAGAGCACAGGUCACAUAGGUCGUCCAGCAAAGACAAAGAAAGGGAUAGGGAAAGGAGUCGAAAGAGAUCGAAGAGCCGGGAUAGAAAACACGGGGGAGAGCACAAGAAGCACUCGAGGUCGAAGGAUAGGUCGAGAGACAGGCAGCACAGGAAAUCCUCGCACAAGGCCUCCAAACACAAAAAGGACCUCAUUUCAUCCACUGACAAACUCGACAAAAAAGCGAAAGAGAUCUUGGAACAGUUGGUGGAUAACAAGAUUGUGCUCCCCUUAGCCCCCUUGGAUGACAGAUUGUGGAAACAUGUGCCGCAAGAGGACAUCCUUCCAGCAAUUGAAAGUGAUAGUGACCAUGAACCAUCCUCCACUGUGACCAUCCCCACUCCUCCCAGAGUACCAGAUAGUAGUGACGAGUUUGCUGGAGGUGGGAGAACACCGGAAAUCGAUAUCGAGAAAAACUUGCCUACUACGUCGGCUGAGAAGGAAAAUGUGAGAGAAGUGAAAGAGGCGAUCGUGAGGAGCACAUCGCCGCCUCCCAGGAAGAAACCGCCCGCGGAAAUAUGGAGAGGGGCCGUCAAUAUGAUUGACGUCGCGCAAAUUUCAAUAACCGCCCACGAAGUGUCCGGUGAUUGCAGCGGAUUGGGUCGAGAGCUGUCCCCCAAUUUGGACAUUGUGGGACGCAUCUCUCCCGACACCGUGUGGGAUUACAUCAGCAAGAUGAAGUGCUCCAACAGCAAGGGCAUCUCUCUGAUCCGUCUCAACGCCACCAACGUGGAGGAAAAGAUGCCCUAUCUGGCCCUCUACAGCUAUCUCAGCAGCCGAGACAGAUUGGGCGUCGUCAAAAGUCUCAACAAGGCCGUCAAAGACUUUUACAUUUAUCCGCUCGCGCCACAGAAGCCUAUCCCGCAAGUUUUGCUGCCAAUCAGCGGACCCGGUUUCGAGGAGUCGAGACCUGCCCUGCUGCUGGGCAUCAUCGUGCGCGACAAGCGGAAACGACCGUUCUUCGCGCCCCCCGAUAUGCCCGUCCUGGCCGCCAAGAAAUCCAAAACGGAGACCGUCGCCUUCAAGGCGGCGUCGCCCGCCCCAGCCACCCCCGCCGCCCCUGUCGCCCCGCCCAGGUCGUACACGCCGCCCCCCGUCAAGGACCCCAGGCUGAAGCAGCCGCCCAAGCCGGAACCGGAGCCGUCUCCCCCUGACGAAGGAGACGAACCUUACAGUCCGGAAGAUUCGGACCUAGAAGCUCCGACGAUUCCUGUAUCAAAAUUGCAGACGGUCCUUCCGGUACAAGAAUCUUCCGUAGUGGAGGUCCCUGUGGUACCACCUUUUCCCAUACCAGGUAUUUCUAGUGGUCUCCCAUCGAGCACGCUGGAAAUACAGCGGCAGAUGGAAGAGUUGAACAAGAAGAUCGAAAUGCAAAAGUCAGAAAUCACGAGUAUGACGCAAAACAUGGCGUCUGCUGCCUCCACCUCUAAGGACAUUGGCUCCACCAGUUUGGCAAACAUUGCUUUGCCCAGCAAUCUUCAACAGAUCCUCGACAGCAUCAAAACUAUAGGAGACGGCACCGACCACCCUCCCCCUACCGCCGCCUCUGCGCAGCUGCCGCCCCCCGCCUCCGGCGACCUGACCAUCCCCCUCAUCAUCCCCAAGAGUUUCACGCGGCCGCUGAACAUGAGCGUGCCGCCGCCCCCGCUCGGCGUCGUCCUGCCCGAGCUGGCCUGCCCAGUCGACACCAUCCCUUUGAACUUGCCCAAGGGCAGGCAGCCGCCGCCGCCCCCCGCGAUGGGCGGGCCGGAGGAGAGGGCUGGUGUGCUCAGCUCGCUCAGCGAGGAGCAGCUCAUACAGAAGGCCAACGAAAUGUUGCAGGAUCAGGAAGGCAAAAGCAAGAAGAGGCCAUCCAUAGAAGUACAAGCGUCAGUGAAGAGGUCGAGAAAUGAGGUUAAUCUACCACCUGUACCUGGGCUGGAAGAUGAUGCCAUUAUUUAA